AUGAUCCGGCCUGUCCUCGGUGUCGCCAACCUAUCUAUUUUGAUGAAGCGAUGUUUGAUAAACAAAAGAGUAACUAGAGUAGAAAAGCUUCUUAAAGAAUUAUCGCUUGAUCCAUUACCCGACACACAGAAUGAGAAUCUGGCCAACUCUGCUGGCAAUCCCGCUGAGUCAGAACAGCGAUUGGAAACUCUUUGGUUUCGCAAAUGGAGUUUCCCCGAUUUGCUGAAAACAUGGGCAGAGAUAAGAUCUGACGGAUCAGGACCUUCAUCCCGUCGGCUAUUGGAAAAUUUACCAAGGGGAUUCAUUAAUGGAGAUAGUCAUAGUUUUCUAGCUGAUAUAGCCGAGUUAGGAAUUGAAUCAUCCAUAUCUACAUCUAGUUGA